CGGUGAUCGCGGCCGCGCUGGCGCAUGCGUUCACGGGAGGCUCGCUGGCGGGCCGGCCACCGUCGAAGCAGCGAGUCUCUGGGCCAACCCAGAGAAUCGCGAAUCGCGAGAUCGCGUUUAGUGUUUCCCUAACCAUCGUAAGCGAUGGAGGAGGAGCUACGGUGUCCCGUGUGUGCUAAUAUCUUCACAGAGCCCGUGCUCCUGCCUUGUUUACACGCCCUGUGUUUGAAGUGUGCAUGUAGUAUACAGCGUAGCGUGCAGGCACUGCUGGCUGAGCCUGUAGCAGGCCAGCAGGCAGGCCCUCCGGGCCAUGAUCCCGACCCUCCUGACGGAGGCGCUGACAGUGACAAAGCUUCCGUGUACAGUGAGACUGACAGCGGCGUGGUAGUCGCCUCCCGUCCCACGUCGUACGUCAGCAGUCCGGAGACGACGGUGACGUGUGAAGGCAGCGACGGUGGGCAGCAGCAACAGCAAGGUCAGCAGCAGGGUCAGCAGCAGCAGCAGCAGCAGGGUCAGCAGCAGCAGGGGGUGCGGUGCCCUGUGUGUGUGAAGGUGUCAGCACUCGGCCCCGGGGCAGCGGGUGACCUGCCCCGCUACACUGCCAUGACCCGCAUCAUCGCCCGUCAUCGGGGCGAUCCGGCACUGUCUGAGGCGCCGGCGGCAGUGCCAGCUUGCACCAGCGGCACUCCCGCCACCCUGCCGCCGUGUCAGCUGUGCGAGGGCCCGCCGCGCCCCGCCACCACAGAGUGCCACCAGUGCCAGAUCCUCUACUGUGGGCCCUGCCUCACCUCCUGCCACCCCUCCAGGGGGCCCCUGGCAACACACACUUUAGGGGCCGUCACCCCCCUGGGGGGCCAAAGCGUACCCGGUGGGUGCGAGGUGUGUGCAGUACACGGGGAGCGGCCCACCCUCUACUGCCUGGUGUGUAGGUGGUCCGGGUGCCGGGAGUGUGGCCCGGGCCACUCACAACACGAUCUACAACCCCUGGACAACCUCGCUAAGACUCAUAAGGUAGGGACUACCUCGCUAAGACUCAUAUAAGGCAGCAACAACCCUGGAAGACUCACAUGGCAGGGACAACUUGAAGACUCACGAGAUAGACACCUGGAGGACUAACAAGAUAGGGACAGU